UUAACGUGAAAAUGGAGGAGCUAACCGAAGAAAUUAGACUUGUUAAAUCACGAUUGGAAAAAGAAAAAUCUAACGCGGAUAGCAUGGAAAUGCUGCGUAAAGAACUGAAUGAGAUGAAGGAGGCUUUAUUUCAGUUUAAGGAACAAUUUAAUUGUUUAAAAUACACACCAAUGGCACCUAUUCAAAUGCCUUGUUUGCCACCUCCACCACCACCGCCGCCGCCACCGCCACCACCGCCACCACCACUAUUAUCAACAGCAGUUUCUAAUCCACUGAAGAUUUCGAAGGAAAGCAAAACCAAAACUCCUACUGACAAUUCUAGGCCUGUAAUAUCACUGGAUGAUAUUUUGAAAGUAAAACUUAAGAAAACAUCGGAUCGUCCUAACGCUUUAACGACGUCACGUCGCCUCUUCAAGCCUGCGAUCACAUCGGACGUGUUCAGACAGGUGAAGCUACGACCAUCGUCAUGCCCCUCCCGCCGAGGCAGUUCAGACGCGGGGCCUCCCCUGGCCUCCACCAGCCCCCGCUCGAGCCUCCGCAGGUUACUAAUAAACGACGAUUCACUGUUUAGGUUCAAACGAUUGCGAAAAGUUGGUGGGUACAGUUUCGAUUCCGUUCACAGGGGAAAUUUCGUCAUUAAAAGAGAGAGAAACGGCAGCUGAAAGGGUGGUCACGGGCCAGAAUUUUAUAGAUCUAAUUUUAUUUUAUCGUACUGUUAAUUUUAAGGGUCUUUUAUAACGGGUGCUGCAAUAUAUUGUUUUAAUAUUUCUCGACCGAGUGAUUUUUGACAGAGUUGUGUGUAUUUUAUGUAUUUCGUUCGUUUUUAAUUAUUAUUAUUAUUAUUUCUAUUAU